CACUGCUCUCCGUCUCCUUGCACUGUGCUCUUCUCCCUUUCCCUUCGUUUCGCCUGGGAGGGCCUCUCUCAGCAUCGCCGUUUUUUAUCUGUGUCAUCCAUAAUAUAUAUUCAACAUAUAGCUCGACCAGUAUAAUCUAACCAAAAUGCGCGCCAUACUGAGGCCAUUCGUUAUUCAUGCAGCCUAUUCUCCCAUCGAAACUAUCGUUUUCUUUUCUAUUGUCGGUACUCUCGCCUACUUCCAUGUUCUCUCUGCCAUUAAGCACUCGGCUUUCUUCGCGACGACGAAUCCAAUCACCCUUCGUCCGUCGCAUGCUCGUUACACGCAGCAAGAAUGGGUCAACGUACGGGAGCACGCCUGGUACCAUGCUAAAACAACCACGGAUAGUUCCAUAAUACCCGUCGAGCUACAACAGAUCGUGUUCUCUCUCGACUCGGUACAGAAAAGCAAAGACGCCGUUCCAGGCUCCAUUUCGCUUGAUAUGUCACCCCUGCCCGAAUCCGUGUACAACAUGUCGAAAUUUACUCAUGAUGCCCUGCCAACUUCUUCCGGGCGCAAGUACGGCUCUCUCUGUCAUCGAACAUCCAUUUCAGCGACAAAUAACUCCUCUUCCGAUGUUCCGACGUGCUUCUCUGCGAUCACCUCACAUUGUCGUUUUACUCCCGGAGCUAAGGAGGAGUUCAUGAACGCUUUUUCGCGCUUUGCAAAGUCGGCCGUUGACGAGCAUGGAGUACGCUUUGAGCUGGAAACACGGGAGCAGGAGACCAUUGGAGACAUGAAGAGUAGCAAAUGGGUCGCGUAUGCUGCACGCGCGUUUGUUAUGCGAUUCUGGGACCUCGCAAAGGUUCAAGGCCGACUCGUAGACAUCAUUCUGAUCCUCAUUGGCUACGUCCUAAUGCAUGCGACAUUCCUUAUACUUGUUUCACGCUCUCGCCAACUCGGAUCAAGCUUCUGGUUGCCUUCCGGAAUCGUUUCCUCGUCUGUUCUCGCCCUUCUCCUUUCUCUUCCGAUAGCUAUGUGGCUUCGCAUCCCCAUGGACCCCGUCGCCCUAUCGGAAGCCCUUCCAUUCCUUGUCUGUACCGUCGGUUUCGACAAACCCAUUCGCCUGGCCCGUGCUGUGUUCAGGCACCCACAUCUUACUAGCCCAGUUGGAGGUGCGAGCGCUGGCGGCCAGCUGAAACCGUCUGGAGAAGUGAUCCUUGAAUCUCUUACCAAGGUAUACUAUCCCAUCAUCCGGGAUUACAUACUCGAGAUCGCCGUGCUCGUCGUUGGCGCUUACAGUCGAGUCAGCGGCCUACGCGAAGUAUGCGCCUUGGCGGCUCUCAUCCUGGGCUUGGAUUGUCUCCUCUUGUGCACCUACUUGGCUUCGAUAUUGUGCAUCAUGAUCGAGGUCCACCGGAUAAGAACAGUCCGCGCUUUAUCAACCUCCAAAACGCCUUCUGUCGUCAUGGCUGAUGGGACACCGAAAAACCGCGUCUGCGGGGAAGCGCCCAGGUUGGCUCAGCGAGUCUCUUCUAUGGUUCUUGGUGUUAAGGGUUCAGCGCGUGGCAAGAAGGAGGAGAAACAAGCCGAUAGCCCCGUUGCGCGGUUGAAGCUCCUUCUGAUUGCUACUUUCCUGACGCUUCACAUCCUGAACCUCUGCGCUCCGUUGACGCCGACCAGAGUCAGCACGCACACCGUUCCCACCUCCGUGAGGAAAGUCGACAUCACAACUCCGGAGAUCCGACAUGCUUUGGGCGCCUUGGUCGAGGCUGAGCAGGUCGACAAUGCCUAUGUCGAUGAGGAAACCAGCGUGUUCGUCAAAGUCUAUCCGCCAGUUCAUGUCCGAGUGAUUCCCCCUGCGCAACUCCUCGCCUCCGCCAUCCCGACAUCCGAUGCUACGAUCGUUCACCGAACAACUUCAGAAAUGGUGGAGAGCUUCAUGUCGUCUUGGUCACGUUUGGUCGGCGAUCCUCUUCUGUCCAAGUGGAUUGUCGUCGUGCUCGCUCUGAGCAUCAGCUUGAACGGAUACCUGCUAAAGGCGAUUGGUGCUGGUUUGGCUGGGAAGGGUCCUGCGUCGAGAAGUGGUGGUGUUCGGUUUACCAGUGAGGACAGCGAGGGCAAGGUUGCGGAAACACAUGAGGUCACGAUCAAACCUGCUGCGCCCGUUGUGCGACCACGCCCAGCAGCUACGUUCACGCUUGAUGAUGUCGAUAAGAUCCUGAAAGCUCGUAACUUGACGGUGCCUUCCCGGCCGACUUCUCCUCUCACCGAUUCGCCUCAGUCAUCUGACAGCGACGACUCUUCAGCCAACGACUUUGUUAGGCCCCUUGAGGAAUGCAUCGAGAUCUUCGAGAAUGGUCCACGUCCUUUGAGUCUGUCUUUGUCACUUCUCAAUGAUGAGGAGAUCAUCCUGUUGGCCCAGAAUGGCAAGAUCGCGGCGUACGCUUUGGAGAAGGUUCUCGGUAGCGAGGAGCUGGAAAGGGCAGUCCGGAUUCGUCGGGCUUUGAUCUCACGAUCUUCAAGGAUUCAGACAUUGGAGACCUCGGACAUCCCGAUGAGCAAUUAUGAUUGGUCCCGUGUCAUUGGAGCGUGUUGUGAGAAUGUUGUUGGAUAUAUCCCGCUUCCAUUGGGUAUUGCCGGCCCGCUCAAAGUUGAUGGCGUCCUGACUCCGAUACCUAUGGCCACGGCGGAGGGCACUCUCGUCGCGUCAACUUCGCGUGGUGCUAAGGCUCUCAACGCUGGUGGAGGUGUUACUACCGUACUCACGCAAGACGGCAUGACUCGUGGACCCGCGAUUGAUUUCCCCUCUAUCGUUAACGCUGCCGAAGCCAAACUCUGGAUUGAUUCGCCUGAGGGAUUCGCUACUAUCAAGGAAGCCUUUGAGUCUACGUCGCGGUUCGCCAAGCUCAAGAGCCUCAAGACUGCUAUGGCUGGCCGGACGCUGUAUGUGCGAUUCAUGACGGCCACUGGUGAUGCUAUGGGCAUGAAUAUGAUUUCCAAGGGUACCGAAAAGGGACUGGAGGUUAUGCAGAAGCGAUUCCCGGAGAUGGUCGUCCUAGCGCUUUCGGGCAACUACUGCACGGACAAGAAGGCGGCUGCUAUUAAUUGGAUCGAGGGCCGUGGUAAGAGUGUGGUCGCGGAGGCUGUCAUUCCCGGGAAGAUUGUUCAGAGUGUGUUGAAGACCACGGUGGAGGCGCUGUGCAAUUUGAACACGAAGAAGAACUUGAUUGGGAGCGCGAUGGCGGGUUCGAUUGGUGGAUUUAAUGCCCAUGCGGCAAAUAUUUUGACUGCGAUAUUUUUGGCUACUGGACAGGAUCCAGCACAGAACGUGGAGAGUUCGAAUUGUAUGACUCUCAUGGAACCGACUAAUAAUGGUCAAGAUCUACUUAUGACUGUCUCAAUGCCCUGUAUCGAGGUGGGAACCGUUGGUGGAGGCACCGUUCUGGCCCCCCAACAAGCUGUCCUCGAGUUGCUGGGUGUCAAGGGCGCUCACCCGACAAACCCCGGUCAGAACGCCCAGACCCUCGCACGGAUCAUCGCUGCUUCGGUCAUGGCUGGCGAGCUCUCCCUCAUGAGUGCACUCGCCGCUGGACACCUCGUUCGCGCCCACCUCGCCCACAACCGAUCACAGGCCAACACGCCUGUGAGCUCACGACCUGUGACGCCUGGACCGAACACUGAACAUUCUGCACAAUUGGUACCCAAAUUGCUGAAAGGGCUUGCAUUCAGUCCCUUGACGCCUUCAUCUUCAACAUCAUCAUUACCACCAUAUUCAUUAGAGAAGCCGUGAUGCAUUUUGUGUAUAUUAUUAUAACCCUGGAUUAAUCACUAUUUACAAUUACAAUUGGAUUGUAUCAUUUAAAUAAAUAAAUACAGAACA